UGCCGACUUGCAGGUUGUACAUGUAUCUAACGAGUCAUAGUGUAAUGUAACGAAGUGGAUAUUUAAUACAUAACCGUGCUUAGUAAGAAGCCGAUUGUUGAGUAUUUUUAUGAACUCUGAAAAGUGCACAUGUCGACGAAGUAAAUGCAGGAAGCAAGAGGAGCCAGCAGACGAAGUGCCGGGCGGGUUCCAGGCGGCCAGAGGGAAGUCUCACGCUGUUCAUAUUACUUGUCUGAAGGAACUCGCACACUGGAGUACAUAUACAUCUGCUACUAAAUGUGGAAAUGAUAAGAAUGAACUUUUUAUCAAGAAUUCUUGUACAACAUCUGCGUUCUCCAUACGGUGUGCUAACAGGAUGUAUUGGGACAAGUUCUUGGAAAGUUGCUUCCAGUUUUAGGACUGCAUUUUUUUCUCCUUUUAAAGGAAGGGAAACCAGUAGGUUCUGUUCAAAUAAUAGCAUCUCAGGUCCUUCCAGUACCCUCAUUACUGCUAACAAAGAUGACCUUGAUCGAGCAGACAGCAUCCAGGCUGUUGAAAACAUUGAGGAUGAAAACCUACUCCCAUCCCAGAGGCAGAAACAGCAUAGUAACCUUCUGAUGGCUGAGAUAUAUGCCUGUAAUAGUGCUGUUGAAGUACUAAACUUCUUAACUCAACAUCAGGAGGUGAUAGACAGUCAUCAUACUCUGGCUGUUAUGAGCAGGCUUCAAGUUUUAGUUGAAAAUGGUCUGGAGACUGUUGAGAGGAUAAAUAGCCUGGAGGAGUUCUCCAACUUCUGCCAUAAACUUUGGAAAGCAAGCAGAAGAAUGGAAGUUGAUGAACAGCUAUCACUGCUGAAGUUUCUGUGCAGAAUGAAAGUUCAGUCAGAUUCCAAGAUUAUGCAAACAGUUCUACAGCUUCUACGACAUUCCAUUAAUGACCUGGAUUUGAGGCAAUUGAUAUAUCUGGAUUUUUUACUCAAGAAAUUGCCAUCAACCCCUCUGUCAGAUGGUCUGCUUGUUGCAGUGCCUGUGGUCAUUGAGAAUAUUCUGAAGAAUGAAAAAGUAGAAGAAUAUUCCACAAAGGACUUGUCACAACUGCUUGCGAUCUGCGUAGAUGGAAGGAUUAAUAAGAUUGAAAUCAUCUUGCAAGAAAUAUAUAGGCAUGGCACAAUCAACUCAGCAUCCCUAGGGUUGAGUAUUCUUUGGUCUCUAGUCAUGAUGUUCACUACAGAUGGAAAACGGAUUGCUCUCUCCAAAGAAGAAAGUUUAGUGAGAGAAGUCCUCAUGAAAGAAUGUCUGGAAUCAAUUUCCAGAGACUUGAAAUCUUUGACUCAGCAGAAGAUAGAAACAACUCUUGAAAAAUUAUGUGAAGCACGUAGGAAGAAAGACCAUUGCACAUAUAAUGAGCACUUUCUUAAUGCAGUUGCUAAACAUGCAGUAGAUGACCAAUGGGAUUUCACUGCAGUUGCUCACACUAUAAGAAGACUGUACAGAAUGAAUUUCAUCUCGGAAGAUCUGGUACAUCACAUGGUUCAUCAGGUGUUACAAAAUCCUGAAGGGGUUAUCAGAUCAAAAGUCCAUGUUUUGCCACUGUUAAUUGCUCUGGGAGGCUGCGAACUUCAGCAUCUUAAUCAACGCCAAGCUCUUGAUGUUCUUGUUGAUCAUGAACAGAUAAGAAUCAAAGAGGAAAAUUAUUUCAAGAGGCCCUGGAUAAAACUGGCAGUUGAAUUGCUCUCCUUAGAUUAUCAUCAUAUGCAGUUGCUAGAGUUAUUGACAAAUCAAGAUUUCCUUGAGGUAUAUAUGUCGACAAAAAAGGUGCCCGUUUCAGAGUACAAAAUUUUACUCAGAAUACAUCAAGCAUUGGUAACAUUUGGUCAGAACUCUCUUCAAAUACCAGAGAAAUACUUGCAAAAAGCAAGGACAUUUGCAAGAGAACGGCCUCCUUCAAAAUCAGAUCUGAGAGUUAGACUUCAUCAAAUUCUUAACAGUCCGGAUCAUCUUGUGUCUAGUGUGGUCACAAACAAUGAUAUUUAUAUAGACCAUCUUUUGGCAAUUGAUGAUGAAGGAAAUACUGUUAAAAUCGAGCAGAAAAACCCUGAUGCCUUUGGUAAUGUCAGUAUCAGUUCUCUGCAAAUACCAGACAACACAAAAAGGAUUGCAUUGAUGGACAUUGGUUCAUCACAUGUUUUGGGACCAGGCUAUCGUUUGAAAGGAUAUAUAAAGCUUGAACAAAGAAUAUUGGAGGCUAAUGGAUUUCAUGUUGUCCAUAUUGUGCAACCUGAAUUAUUUUGCCUAGCAUCUGAUGAAAGAAGUCUGCAGAUAAAAAGACAGAUGGCCCUCUCAGGAAUGGCUCUUUGUUGACUUUUAUAACUGCCUAUUUUUAUAAUAAAUCUGAUGUAUUUAUGAAAAAAAUAUUAUUUUGCUAUGUUUUUAAUAGCAUGUAAUAUUCAAAAAUGCCAAUUUGAUGGGUUUCUUUGUUUAUUUAACCCUUUAAUGGAUGGCUUAAGUGCUCAGCUACCAAGGAGUAAGCCUACCUAACCUCAUGUGAUUUCCUCUUUCCUUGAGUUUCGUUUUUCUUUUUAAUUUUUAAUGCUUUAAAUAUUAGUGUUAUGAUUAUGGCAUUAUUAUUUAAAAAAUAAUGGCAAUAUAUAUAUUAUAAAGGAAUAUUUCCAGAAAUCAAGGAAAACAGUAAACAGGUGAGAUAGAUUGGAUGAGCAAUUGACUUCUUGGUAACUAAGCACUUGGGAAGCCAUUAUUGUGUAAACAUAAUUAAUAUAUGCCAUCCCGCAGUCAGAAGAAAUCUUGGAAUAGAUGUAAUUAAUGAAACAUGUAACCACUCAUUAUGUGGGGAAGUACUGUAUAUACAAUUUCAGUUGUUAGGGUCUACAACUCAAAAAUGUGUAAAUAUCUGUAAAUUGUAAUAUUCAAUAAAAAUAAAGAGAAUUAAAGAUUUUUGUGUGAACACCUUCAGGAGAAAUUAUAUAUAUAUAAUACAGUUAAUAGAAGUUUGUGUUAUAUAUAGUGCACAAAAUAUAAAAUUUCAAAUAGUGUCUAGAACAUGUGGGCAGUGAACUCCUUAAGCCAUUCCCA